AUGCAACAGCUUUUGUGCAUAGCACUACUGCUGGCUGCUGCGUUCCCAUCUUUGGAACUGCAAUGUAUUUUCUCCGAUCAGACCCCAGGCCUGCCUGAAAAUAUACAAAAUGAAGUGCUCAAGCUCAUCAAUAACCGUCGAGAAAAAUUAGCCAAGGGAGAGCAGAUAAACGGUGCUUCAAGGAUCUUGCUGCCGGCAGCAAAGCAGAUUAGUUUUGUGAAGUGGAGCUGUCAACUGGAGGAAGAAGCAGCAGCUGCAAUCAAAGCUUGUCCGAGAAGUGAGCCUACAGUACCAUUUGGGAAGACAGCAUUCUUUAACUUCUACUACAUUGCAUACAAGGAGAAGGAGUUAAUACCCUGGAUGCAGAGUACCUGGUUGUACCCUAUCGAUGUAUCCGAAUUUCAUUCUUCAGCUUUUGAUAACGAAGUUGUAAGAUAUGUGGCUUCUUAUGAGCUGCGAGCAUACGCAAACCUUGUACGCGAAGACACAACUGAAAUUGGUUGUUUUGAAACAAAAUGUCUUGAUGCUAAGGGAUACGGACCAAUCACGAUAUACUGCCUAACUAAUCGACCGGAGUUGGCGGUUUCUGAUGUGAUUUACCAUCUUCCUAUACCGGAUACAACAAUCACUACUAAAAGUACAACAAAGACCACUACACUUGUAGUAACAACUACUACAGCAAUGCCAGUAACGACCACGACCAAAACCACUUCAAGUACGGGACGCAAGGUCACUGUACCAUCAGAGUUCCCUGAGUUUCCUCUCACAGACUCAUACAAGAGAUGUCAAAGCAAUAUGAUGAACGAUGAGCUCAGAUUCGCGUUUUUGGAUAUGCAUAACUAUCGCAGGGAGCAGCUGGCUGAAGGGAAGAUCGCCAAGAGGAACGGCAACUACCUGCCCCAAUCAGCCGACAUGCAAAGAAUGAGAUACGAUUGCCAACUGGAAGAAGACGUCAUCAGUUUUGUAAGUACGUGCCCGACAGCCAAAUCAGCUGAGUAUUCGAGGCCCAAUAUUGGGGAGAAUUUUGUUCGUUUUCCUAGGCAAGGUUUGGCGACGUUCUUGGCUGCGGCUAAAAAGGCUGUGGAGUCAUGGUGGAAUGUCAUACUUACUGAAGAAGGUCCUGGUUUGCAACUCUACUUUAGACAUGUACACGUGGGUACUCCGAUUGAAUCCUUCACACAGAUGGGAUGGUCUACGUCUCGCAAGCUUGCUUGCGCUGUCGCACUAUGCAGAUCUGAUUUCGUCGUAGUUUGCCGAUACUCUCCCAAAGGUAACAAUGUGGGGCGUGUCAUCUACAAAAAAGGAACGCCAUGUACACAGUGUGCAGCUGGCUCUUGGUGCACGAAAGAUGCGUUGUGCACCUUCGAGUGAAAUUAUUUUGCGAGCCCCUCUUUCUGAUUUAUCAAGUCUCUAUUGAUCAAUCAACAAUCGGUCAAUAAACUACAUCACG